AGAUAGAUAGAUAGAUAGAUAGAUUUCGUCAAAUUGUUUUGCUGUUGUUUUAAGCCUAGCUAAAUCUAACUAUUAAUUUUAACGUGCAGAUAUUUUUGGUGAACACAAAAAAACUUACAAAACAUUUUUUGCAAAUAUGAUUCCCCAUGAGAACAUUGCAGAGUAGAGUCUGGACUGUCUGCAGUCGAGAUGGAGGGAAGUUUUCAAGAGGAUUUCCGACGCCAUUGUGACGUCAGCAGCGCCUCUUUAUUCACCGCCGACCGCAGCAGCCGCAACAAAUGAACAUCCCUGGAUCAUUUAAUACUUUGUAACUGCGUUGAAACUUUGAUCAUGCGUCUCCGGGAAGCAUUUUUGUUCCGCGAAAGCGUGUGGAAGCAAACUCAGCAUCUUGCAAGCGGUGAGAAAGUUUUUGGAUUAAAGUUAGUCGUCGCAGACUAACAAAGCCUGCCGGAGAAAGUUACUAGUGCUGGACUAGAGAGGGAUAUCGCCUGGCCUGGAAAACUGGGACACCCUUGAAUGAACCCACCACACCAGAUCAUUUCUUCAUCUUGAAGCAUUCAGAUUUUCCAGACAGCUUUUAUCAGACUGUAUUUCCUCUCAUAUCUUGUAGUUCAUCAACAUGUCCGUCCAGUCCUGGGUACCCAGCAGCCUCCUAUAAUGAAUCGCUCUAAGAAUGGGACAGCAGUGGAUAACUCCACUAACGGCCUGGACGACGACGGGCUCGUGGUCCUGGAGUCUGUCUCUAUCAUCAUCAUAGCCAUACUGGCAUGUCUGGGGAAUCUGGUCAUUGUGGUGACCCUAUAUAAGAAGCCCUACUUACUGACUCCCAGUAACAAGUUUGUCUUCAGCCUGACUUCGUCCAAUUUGCUGCUGUCUGUCCUAACGCUGCCAUUCGUUGCGGCCAGCUCGGUGCGUCGGGAUUGGAUGUUUGGAGUGGUUUGGUGUAACUUCACAGCACUGCUCCAUCUACUCGUCAGCUCAUCCAGCAUGCUCACACUGGGAGCCAUUGCCAUUGACAGGUACUAUGCCGUUUUAUAUCCCAUGAUCUACCCCAUGAAAAUCACGGGAAACCGAGCUGUGGUCGCAAUCGUUUAUGUGUGGCUCCACUCCCUGGUCGGAUGCCUGCCGCCACUUUUCGGUUGGUCCGCCUUCGAGUUUGACCGCUUCAAGUGGACCUGUACAGUGGCUUGGCACAAGGAAAUCAGCUAUACUGCCUUCUGGGUUACAUGGUGCUUCCUUCUGCCGCUGGCGGCCAUGCUGGUCUGCUACGGCGUCAUCUUCCGUGUGGCCCGCAUCAAAGCUCGCAAGGUUUACUGCGGAAGUGUGGUGGUGCCUCAAGAGGAGUCCAGUUCUCAGAAGAAUGGUCGCAAGAACUCCAAUACUUCCACAUCUUCUAACGGAAGUCGCAAGAGUCUGGUCUACUCUGGGAGCCAAUGCAAGGCUUUCGUCACCAUUCUGGUGGUUUUGGGGACGUUUCUGACCACUUGGGGUCCAUAUGUGGUAGUAAUCAGCACUGAAGCACUGUGGGGUAAAGACAGUGUUUCUUCAAAGAUGGAGACACUGGUCUCCUGGCUGUCCUUCACCAGUGCCGUGUGUCAUCCACUUAUUUAUGGGCUGUGGAAUAAGACUGUACGUAAGGAGCUGUUAGGCAUGUGCUUUGGUGACCGCUACUACAGAGAGUCUUUUGUUAUACGGCACCGGACCUCUCGUCUCUUUAGCAUCUCUAACCGGAUAACGGAUUUGGGAAUGUCUCCUCACCUGACGGCCAUGUUGGUGGGUGGUGGGCAGCUCCUGGGUCGUGGAAGCAGCACUGGAGACACUGGCUUCAGCUACACCCAGGACUCAGCUACAGACGUCAUGCUGUUGGACAGCUACACCUCAGAGCCCUCCCACUCAGCCCACUGUGCUGCCAAUAAGAGGAGAAGUUCUGUCACUUUCGAGGACCAAGUGGAUCAGAUUCCUAAAGGUGACCCCUCGGUAGUCCAAGUGAUGGCAGACAUCCAUAAGUCUUUGGACAGCUUUGCGUCUUCUCUGGCUAAGGUUAUAGAGAACGAUGCCAAGCUUCAACUCUUCGGGGAAUUGAGUCAAAUUCCAACAAGUCUGUUCACAGUACGAAACACACAGAGAGCUCCCCGUUACCUGGAUGGACAGAGACUCAGGAUGGAAAGCAUCGAUGAAGGAAUAGUGAAAGAUGAUGAUGAGGAUAAUGAUGAAGAGCACGAGGACAAAAUAGGUGACACUUCCAUGUAGUUCUUCGACUCGGUGAAUGGACCAGAUCUGUAGCUUUUAAAGGUACAAGGAACACAUAAGAUACAUGUUUACAAGUAUACAGUGAUUUAUGUGUCACUCGCCAGAAUAAGUUA